AUGCGCUACGGGAAGAUGGUGCUUCCAGAGAGGAUUGGAUGCCUCACUAACCUCGAGACUCUUCAACUACAUGGAUGCAUGCAAGAGCAGCCGCCUCCUUCACUCACGCAGCUGGUUUCUCUAACAAGUAUUGAGCUUGCUUUUUGCUCAGUUGUCGAGCUUCCUGAAGGCCUGCAGAAUAUGAGUAACCUGCAGCAUCUCCACAUUCGAAACUGUCCUGCUCUUAACGAGAUUCCAGAAUCUGUUAUAGGGCUGACAAGGCUCACAGCCUUGAUCAUUGAGCGGUGUGAACAGCUUGCUGUGCUGCCAAGAAGGCUGAGCAACCUUGGGGAGCUGAAGAGGUUGGAGGUAACUGGGUGCAGACGGCUAUACAACAUUGACGAGUUUCCUUUUCCCUUGAGCCCAGUAUCUCAGCUCCACGUCUUGAGUAUCUGUCAUGGUGAAAGGAUUCGAACUCUUCCAGGAAGCAUCGGUUCCGCAUUGCAGCAGCUGCGGGGUUUGCAAAUUUGUUACUUACAUGAGCUUCGGGAGCUGCCAGAAACGGUUUCACAGCUCCAACACCUGACAUCGCUGAAGGUCGUUGCACCCAAGCUGGCCUCGGUUCCUGACGGGAUUGGUGCAUUAUCCAGGUUGCGCAAUCUGGAUCUGACAGACUGUAAGGCCCUGCAUCAGCUACCAUCAUCGCUCACACAGCUUCGUUGCCUCUCUGUGCUGCGACUAUGCAGUACUUCCAUCAGCUCCCUUCCUCCGAGGUUUGGACAGCUGACCAGGUUGAGGACACUCAGCCUCUCUGGCUGUGAGCAAUUGACAGCCUUGCCAGAGGAUUUGACAGAGCUGAAGCUGCUGCAAUACUUGAAAUGUGAAGGGUGCACGCAAGCAAUCAAUGGCAUGUCCCGUGCAUUGCGCUGUGCCGUCCGAGACAUGCAUGGGCUGACCUUUGUUGAACAUUAG